CGACCCUGCGACUCGUGAAACCGUUACUGCUUGCGGACCUCAUUUAAGUACUACCUUACUUCCGUGCCUGAAUUUGUUAAAUACUAUUAUAUCAUUUAUCACUCAUCACUCACCGAAUCUACAAAGUUGUUGGAAUCCAUCGAUUGUUACAUAUUACAUCGUAUAGUUGAUAUAAAUCAAAAUAAAGCAAGCCUAUUAAUACAGAAAUUACAAUCAUGUCUCUCAAGAACGACGCAUUCCCCUCCUCCGCAGCCUUCGACGCCAUCUCUUCCUCUCUCGAAUCAUCCCCUACCGACCGCGCCGACGCCAUCAAACAAGGCGACGCCGUCUUUGCCUUCACCCUCAAGAACAAAGCGGGUGAAACAGCCGAUUGGCACAUCGAUUUGAAAAAGGAAGGCAAAGUCGGAAAAGGACUCGGAGAAAAACCUACAGUGACACUGAGUCUGAGUGAUGACGAUUUCGGGAAAUUGGUAGCAGGAAAGGCAAAUGCGCAGAGACUUUUCAUGGGGGGGAAAUUGAAGGUUAAGGGAGAUGUGAUGAAAGCGACGAAGAUGGAACCGAUUUUGAAGAAGGCGCAGGGGGGUGUGAAGGCGAAGUUGUAGAUGGGUGGAUUCGGGUGUGGAUGGGGAAGGAGAAGGGGAAGGAGAAGG